AUGGCACUAAAUAACAAAAGCCAUCCUAACGAGUUUAUUCUACUGGGCUUUGCUGACCGUCCUUGGCUAGAGCUUCCUCUCUUCGUGAUUCUUCUUAUAACAUACCCCAUGGCCAUGGUGGGAAACAUAGCCAUCAUUCUGGUGUCCAAGUUAGACCCCCGUCUCCACAGCUCCAUGUAUUUCUUCCUCACCAACCUCUCCUUUUUGGACAUGUGCUAUACCACAAGCAUUGUCCCUCAGAUUCUGUUUAACCUGGGAAGUGCUAAGAAGACAAUCAGCUAUACGGGGUAUGCAGUUCAACUUUAUUUCUUCCACAUAAUGGGGGGCACAGAAUGUCUGCUUUUGGCUAUUAUGUCUUUUGAUUGUUAUGUGGCCAUCUGCAAGCCUCUACACUACACCUUCAUCAUGAAUCAGCACAUCUGUACCAUAUUAGUGUCCACUGUGUGGCUGAGCCGAAUGAUCUAUGCUGUCUCAGAGGCCACUGUUACAUUACAGUUACCACUGUGUGGUCUCAAUAAACUGGAUCAUUUUGUGUGUGAGAUUCCUGUUCUAAUAAAGACUGCCUGUGGUGAAAAGGGUGCUAACGAGCUCAUACUCUCUGUGGUAUGUACUUUUAUGUUAGCUGUUCCUCUGUGCUUAAUUCUUGCUUCCUAUGCUUGUAUUGGGCAUGCUGUAUUUAAAAUUAAAUCUUUUGAGGGAAGGAAAAAAGCCUUUAGGACAUGUUCCUCCCAUCUCAUUGUCAUUUUCUUAUUUUAUGGUCCAGGCAUUAGCAUGUACCUUCAGCCCCCCUCCUCCAUCUCAAGGGACCAGCCAAAGUUCAUGGCUCUCUUCUAUGGAGUGGUGACUCCUACACUUAACCCUUUCAUCUACACCCUGAGGAAUAAGGAUGUAAAGGGGGCAUUAGGCAACCUGACAAGAAGCAUUUUCACUUCCAAGUGAUAGUUGGU